AUGUCCGGCCGCAAAAGGAAGCAGAACGAGGAAGAAGAGCUCGUCUCCCUCCCCAGCGAGGAGGAAGAGGAAGAGGAGUAUGUAGAGGACGAGGAAGAAGAGGAGGUUGAUGAUGAAGAGGAUGAGGACUAUGAUGAGGAAGCUGAGGGCGAAGGUGAGGAAGAGGAGGAGGAGGAGGAAGACGGCGUUCAAGAGGACGCCCCUCCCAAGAAGAAGCUAAAGACCGCCCCUGCCGCUGACGGCGAAGUUCCCACCAAGAACGGCAAUGCCGUGAACGGUGAGGAUGAGGACGAAGAGGUUGAAGAUGAAGAGGGUGACAAUGAGGAAGGCGAGGAGGAAGAAGAGGGUGAUGAGGAAGUAGAGGAGGAAGAAGAGGGUGAGGAGGAAGUAGAGGAGGAUGAGGGUGAGGAGGGUGAGGAGGGUGAGGAGGGUGAGGAGGAAGAGGGUGAUGAAGAGGAGGCGCCUGCAAAGGCCGCACCCAAGGUGCCCAGCAAGGCUGUCGGCGGAGAGGCUGGUGCCGCCCCGAAGGCGGUUGCUGCUGGCGGUGAUGAGGAAGACUGA